AUGGUCGAUGAGACCAAGUUCCUCCUAUGGCUGCUGCUCUUGAUCAGCGCAUCGCUGUGCCACGCUUCCGAACUCGACAUCCAGUGUCUGAAAUCCGUACAAAAAUCAGUGGUCCCAAACGGCAUCCUCAGAUCCUCUUGGAAAUUCAACAAGAACGGCCGCAGCGGCUACAUAUGCGGAUUCACCGGCGUCGAAUGCUGGAGCCACGACGAGAACAGGGUGCUCUCUCUGCGCCUGCGCAACUUGGGACUCCAAGGUUCGUUUCCUCAAGGCCUACAUGACUGCACGAGCAUGAUCGCGCUGGACCUCUCAGGCAACGGUUGCUCAGGGCCGAUCCCUUGGCGCAUCGCACACGACGCGCCGCACCUGUCAUACCUGGACCUCUCGAACAACAGUUUCUCCGGCGAGAUCCCGGACAGCAUCGCCAACAUGGUGUACCUCAACGUGCUCAACCUCGAGUACAACCAGCUCGACGGCCAGAUUCCGGAGCGGUUCAACGCGCUUGGCCGGUUAACGGCGUUCAGCGUCGCCGAUAACUUGCUGUCGGGGCCUGUUCCUGCUCUGCUGCGGAAGUUUCCGGCCUCGCAUUUUGUUGGUAACCGAGGGCUCUGCGGUGCACCGCUGGACGAGUGCCCUGGGAAGAUAUGGGGAUUGGUGCGGAUCAGGCAGAUCAACGACGAGUCUAGUAUCGGAGCGGCUGUCGGGUUCGUCGUGGGGUUCGUGGCGGCCUUCUACUCCCCGGGCUGGGUCGUCUUCUCCAAGAGGCUGCGUGCUUACGGCUUCCGCGUAUGA